UAUCCGGGUUUGUCCUAUCACGGGCUCGUUUUUUGAUCACGUGAGCGUCACCAUGGUUUCCCCGUCGACGGUUUACUUGUGAGCUAAACUGUUCCAUGCUAGGAAAAUACCACGGGAGGACCCGAAAAACAAAAUGAGCAGCAACGAAGUGUGCUUGCUAAUCGGAGCUACGGGCGUCGGGAAAACGUUGCUCUUAAAGCGUCUACUCAGGCUGAGUUUGCACGGAGCUGUUGACGUGUCCAGCCUUCCACAUACACUGCCAACGGUGGGAAGCAACCUGACGGACUUGACGCUGAGGAGAAAGAAGCUGACGGUGAGGGAGGUGGGCGGCUGCAUGGGCCCAAUUUGGCGCAGUUACUUCAGCGAUUGCGCUUCGGUCAUCUUCGUGGUGGACUCGGCCAACAUCGCUCAGGUGUCGUCGUCGUGCAUCCAGCUGCUGACGGUCCUCUCUGACGAUGCGCUGCGAGACGCCUCCGUACUUAUAAUCUUCAACAAGAGGGACAUGCCUUGCACGAUGAGCCUGGCGGAGAUCCGCUCGCUCUUCCGACUGGAUGAGCUGGCGGCCUGCGCUCCUCAGCCAAUCGGCACGCUGGAGACCAGCGCCCUCUCCGGAACGGGCCUGCGGGAGGUGCUGACCUGGCUGGAGUCCGUCGUCGUCAAGUGACAUUUUGUCGGAGGGAGGAGAAAGGAGGGGAGGAGGGGAAAAAAAAAAAAAAAAAAAAAGACGACGCUACGGUGACCUACGAUUCAAAUGGUGAAGAAAAUGGAGACGAGGAACUUAGCGUAUCGGUCAAAUAAUACUUUUGACUUAUUUAAUCGGGGAGAGCGCGGAUGGAAGAAUCUGUUGGGGAAACAUGGAAUAUAUUUUGAAAAGAUUAAGAGACAGACAAUAAUGUUGGUGGCAAAGUGGAUGAAGACUGAGGGGCCUUCGUUUGAGGCGAUGAACAACAAAUACGCGACGGAAAAGUGAACGUUCGCUGCAAAGUUGGAGGCGGACACGUUGAAAAGAAUUUGGCGACGCUCAAUGGACCUCUAAAGCGCCAAUUAGAUCCCACUUUCUUUGAAUCGGACGGACGCCAUAGUUUAAUUCGGGGGGGUUCAUUUAACUGGUCCGAUCGGUUGGCAGAAAGCAAACAGAUUGUACACGGACAACAUUUUUUUCGAAUAAAAGACAGAAAGUU